AUGGCGCCCGUUGCACUCGACCAGUCUCCCAAGUCCUACAAGGUCGCCCAGAUCGGCGGCGACGGUAUCGGCCCCGAAGUCAUCUCGGCCGGCGUGUCCGUCCUCAAGGCCGUAGCCAAGAAAUCCGGCUUCACCCUCGACUUUACCGAGCUCGACUGGAGCAGCGACAGGUACAAGCGUACCGGCUCGUACCUCCCGAAGGACUACAUCGAGGUACUGAAAGCGCACGAUGCGAUUUUCUUUGGAUCCGUUGGCGCUCCGGACGUUCCUGACCACAUCUCGCUCUGGGGUCUCCGCCUCGCCAUCUGCCAGCCGCACAUGUACGCCAACGUGCGCCCAACCCGCAUCCUACCAGGCACCCAAUCGCCUCUUCGCGACUGUGGCCCCGACGACCUUGACUGGGUGAUCAUCCGCGAGAACUCGGAGGGCGAGUAUGCGGGCCAUGGUGGACGCUCGCACAGAGGUCUGCCACACGAGGUAGGAACCGAAGUGACAAUCUUCACUCGGACCGGUAUCGAGCGUAUUGCCCGUUUCGCCUUUGAGACCGCCCGUUCCCGGCCCCGCAAGAUCCUGACUUAUGUCACUAAGAGUAAUGCGAUGCGCAACGGCAUGGUGCUCUGGGACGAGGUUAUUGAGGAGGUGGCCAGCGAGUUCCCCGAUGUCACAACCGACCACAUGCUCGUCGAUGCUAUGACUGUGCGCAUGACACUGCACCCCAAGAGCCUGGACACUAUCCUCGCAACCAACCUCCACGCCGACAUUCUUUCCGACCUCGCCGCUGCCCUCGCCGGAAGUAUCGGCAUUGCGCCCACCGCCAACCUCGACCCUACGCGUACGAUGCCAAGCAUGUUUGAGCCGAUUCACGGUAGCGCCUUCGACAUUACCGGGAUGGGCCUGGCUAAUCCGGUCGGCACGUUCUGGUCCGCUGCCGAGAUGCUUCGCUGGCUUGGCGAGGAGAAGGCCGCGGGGAUGCUCAUGCGCGCGACGGAGAAGGCUUGCGAGGACGGGAUCAAGACGCGUGACCUUGGCGGGCAGGCAAACACCGACGAGGUGGCGCGGGCUGUGAUUGAGCGUCUGUAG